GGGCCAUUUGGCCGGCGGUGCGCGGGGGGCGGCCGGGUGGGGAGGUGCGCGGCUCGUUGGCUCUCUCCGGGCAGGGGGUGUCGGACCGGCUCCCAGCAUGGGUGACCAAGCGCUCAGCUUCCUCAAGGACUUUUUGGCCGGUGGGGUCGCUGCCGCCAUCUCCAAGACGGCUGUCGCCCCUAUCGAGAGAGUGAAGUUGCUGCUGCAGGUCCAGCAUGCCAGCAAACAGAUCACGGCGGAGAAGCAGUACAAGGGCAUCAUCGACUGCAUAGUCCGCAUCCCCAAGGAGCAAGGCAUCAUCUCCUUCUGGAGAGGCAACCUGGCCAAUGUCAUCCGGUACUUCCCCACCCAGGCCCUCAACUUCGCCUUCAAGGACAAGUACAAGCAGAUCUUCCUGGGGGGAGUGGACAGGCACAAGCAGUUCUGGCGCUACUUUGCGGGGAACCUGGCGUCCGGGGGUGCUGCGGGAGCCACCUCCCUCUGCUUCGUCUACCCGCUGGAUUUCGCCAGGACCCGGCUGGCGGCUGAUGUGGGCAAAGGAGUCAGCGAGAGGGAGUUCACUGGGCUGGGCGACUGCAUCAUCAAGAUCUUCAAGUCUGAUGGCUUGAGGGGCCUGUACCAAGGAUUCAGUGUGUCUGUCCAGGGCAUCAUCAUCUACAGAGCAGCCUAUUUUGGGGUUUAUGACACGGCCAAGGGUAUGUUGCCUGAUCCAAAGAAUGUGCAUAUUGUAGUGAGCUGGAUGAUUGCCCAGACUGUCACCGCAGUAGCAGGGUUGGUUUCUUACCCUUUUGAUACUGUGCGACGUAGGAUGAUGAUGCAGUCUGGCCGAAAAGGAGCUGAUAUUAUGUACAAGGGCACAAUUGACUGCUGGAAGAAGAUAGCUAAAGAUGAAGGAUCCAAAGCGUUCUUCAAAGGUGCCUGGUCAAAUGUGUUGAGAGGCAUGGGUGGAGCUUUUGUAUUAGUACUUUAUGAUGAAAUCAAGAAAUAUGUCUAAAACUUAACAUCAUAAUGUAGUUCAAUUGUUCUCAAUCAACUUUUUUAAAAAAUAUGCUGUUGUGAUGUAAUGGACAACAAAAUAUUUCCUAGGGAAACAAUAAAAUUUAUAAGUAACAUAUCUGGUUGAGAUGAGGAUGCAUUAAUUUAAAAAUUGUCCACUACAUCACAGUUACAUUUUGUAUGAAAAUUUCUCCAACAUUUGUAUUGGAACCUGUGUAUAUAUUAUACUUCAAAUUUCAGGUAAUACAUUUUGUCUAGAGACAAGACUUAGGUGGUCUAUACCUAGUUUAAAAUCUAAUAUAGUGAACUCUUAAGAGAAUGUCUUCAGAAAUACCUACUGUACUAAGUGAUGUCUCUAGCUACCCAACAGUGUCAUGACACUUAACAUGAAUUAAAAUCAUGUUUUCUUCUAAAGCUGUAUUUUUUUUAAUAUGAUACUAAGUGAAAAGCAUGUCUGAAAAUAUAAACUAUAGUAAAGCACCAGGCUGAGUUCCUAACUGCAGUCUCUUCACUGACAAAUUAUACAAUCAUAGGGUUGAAACCAUAAUCUGAUUUUUCAAACACACUUUGUAAAAUAUGGAAAUAGUGUUGCAAAAAUUCCCUGUAUCUUCACAAAGCAAAAAGUUGUCUGCUCUGAUGUUCAAUUGAACUAAAACUGAAAUAAUGAAAUAAAUUAAUAUAUUAAUGAA